UUUCUCUCCUAUCCUAACCAACAUGGCCGCUAAGUCGGAUGGAGCAGCGGUGUCUGUGGAAGAUGACAACACGCCCAGGAGCCUCUCGGAGCCGGGGAACCCCGCCGCCCCGUCCCGCUGCACCGCCGCCGGUGGGAAACCCUACACCCUGCUGGACUGCUGCUGGGUGCUCUGCUCGCUGCUCGUCUUUCUCUCCGACGGAGGGACCGACCUGUGGCUGGCCGCAGUGUACUACCUGAGAGGCGAAUACUGGUGGUUCGGCUUGACUCUCGUCUUCGUCGUGGUGCCCUCCACGGUCGUGCAGGUGCUGAGUUUCAGGUGGUUCGUGUAUGACUACUCUGAGCUUAGCGGCGGGGAAGGUUCCGCCAGCGGCGGCGGGGGCUGCGCGGCGGCGGCAGGCGCGGCAGGCGCGGCAGGCGCCGAUGCCACAGCUGGCGACGGCACCUUAAGCACCAAGGACAGCGACCAACGCGGCGGGAACGCGCCGGCGGUGAACGCCGCCAACGUUACCCCGGUUUACACGUCCUCUGGGCCGGCUGCCGCGGCCGGGAGGGUGGGCUCCCCGCGGAGGUGCUGCACCAUCUCUAUGUGGGUCUUUCAAACCGUGCUUCACGUGCUGCCGCUGGGACAAGGCUGGAGAUAUAUCCACACCCUCUACCUGGGCAUCCAGAGCGUAUGGCACAGCAACGCGCCCCGUCGUCACUUCAAGUGGAGGCUGAUGUUCGAGAGCGCAGACAUUACCAUGCUUCGCCUGCUGGAGGCCUUCCUGAAGUCUGCGCCGCAGCUCGUCCUGCAGCUGAGCAUCAUGAUUCACCAAAACGGCGUCCUGCCGCCACAAGGCCUCUCGGCUUCAGCAUCUCUGGUUUCGAUGGCCUGGGUGAUCGCGUCCUACCAGAAGGUUCUCCGGGACUCGCGCGAUGACAAGCUGCCCAUGUCCUACAAGGCCGUGAUCGCCCAGAUGUUGUGGCACUUCUUCACUAUCGGAGCAAGGACCGUAGCUUUCGCCCUCUUUGCCUCUGUCUUCCAGCUCUACUUUGGCAUAUUCAUCGUCAGCCACUGGUGUGUGAUGACCUUCUGGAUUAUCCAGGGUGAGACUGACUUCUGCAUGUCCAAGUGGGAAGAAAUCAUCUACAACAUGGUUGUGGGCAUCAUCUACAUCUUCUGCUGGUUCAACGUCAAGGAAGGGCCCAGUCGCCUGCGUAUGGCUCUGUAUUACUCUGUGACACUGGCUGAGAAUGUGGCCCUCACCGCUGCCUGGUAUACCUACCGGGGCCCCCAAACUAGCGACUCAUCCGCCCUGAUAGUGGUGUGCCUGGUGGCCUGCAGCUUCGCCCUGGGAACCUUCUUCAUGUUGGUGUACUACUGCUGGCUACACCCAGACGGGCCCGUUCUGGGCUCCCAGUGGGGAGGAUGUGUAGAUGAGGGUGUCGUAGGCACAGGAGGGAUGGUGGGAGUUAUUGACGCUUGCCUUACUCCAUCCCAAGGGUCCCAAACGGAUAUGGUCAUUACCAGUCCUCCGCGGACUUUGCCCAGGACUAAAGAUAAAGACACAGGGGAGCCAGUUCCUGGGGAGCGGGACAGAGACAAGGACAGCUGCCUGCCUGUCUUCCAGGUACGCCCCUCCCCUUCCUCCUCUCCCGCCCUGCUUCACAGGACCUCCUCCACAUCCCGUGCACAAGAGGGUCCUGUGAUCAGGAUCGACCUCCCCAGAAAGCGAUACCCGGCCUGGGACGCACACUUUAUCGACCGGCGCCUCCGCAAGACCAUCCUCCUUCUGGAGACCACAUCGGCCAUCAGUCCACGGAUACAGUACAGGAGCAGCUUGAUGGGCAGCAAAGAGGUGUUGGAAUAUGAGACAACCGUUUAGGCCAGCAGGGGCUUUUAAACCACAAAGUACUGUCUGGGACCAAGGCUCACCCAGGAAUCGGUCUUCAACCCAGGAACACCUGUGCCGGGCGUUGGAUGAGAAGAAGACAGUGUCACGUGACUCAUAUCGAAAAGAGGUUGUCAAACUGCGAUUGUAAAACGUUGACCUCAAUGUGGGACCAAAGCUGCUGAAGAACAUGCAGCAGGAAUCACCUGUGGGGAGUUGAUGGAGUAACACUGAACCACAAUUGUCUCCAUUGUAGUUUCUAACAGUUUCAGCAAGAGGAACUUACACCCGGGGACCAAUAAGUGUUAGAUUUUGUUUCAACUUGGAUGGGGAGAACAACAAGGACACCAGAGACAAAAAAGCUUGAGAUAAUAAAAAAAAUAUAAAAAACUGUCUGCCACAUGAACUUUAUCCUCGGGCCACAGAGAUGGAGGAGAAAAGUGUGAAAUGUUGAAGAUCCAGAUUGUCAGAGUGUGCAUGGGACAUGCAAUGGUUUUGGUUUGGGCAGAUCACAACACCAUCGUACAGAGAGUUCCACAGCCUCUGUGAUUUGGCAUUCAAAGAUGCUGAGCCAUUGUCUGCAACCAGAUUCAUCCCAGGUUUAGCCAAGAUAAACAGACACCUCUUACCUCCAAAUUACCAAUUAAUCACUUUGGCAUGCACUAGAGAGACAGUGACUUGCAAGAACAAACGCAGACGAGCCAGAGUCGAUUUGUUGCUAGGGUCGCUUUCUUCUUUCCAUCCCAUCAUGUCCCCGAAACAUUGCAUGUGCCUCACAAAUCUUUGGCAGUUGUGCUCCUUAAAACGUUUCGUCAGUGGCGUCUAAAAGGAAAACGCAGUCGUUUACGCUGCGAUUCCCAGCAGAGCGUUGGCUUUCGUCUGAGGAAGGAUCUCAACUCAGCGUAAGCUCGGAUGGUUCAUGAAACGUGGGCCUGCAAUACAACUGAUACCGAUUCAUCCGUCCAUUCGUGCCACAAUUGCAGCCAUAGCACAAGUCUCGCUGUUUACAUCCUAGCUGCACUGUCUACCCCCAACCCAUUGGACUUGUUUGGAAAGCUGGACGAGGAUCUGAUAAAUGGAUGUACGUGAACAGCUUCUCCAAUAGCUACCAACAUAUGGCAUGCUGUAAAUUGCCAGAAACAGGUCUGUGAUGUACAGUUGAAUAAAUGCAGAUGUCCAAUACUGUAUAAGAUGUUAAAAUAAGCUGUAGUUAGGUGAUGAAUGCAUUUUGUGAGUAAGGAAGCUUCAUUUACUCGUAAGAGUCUAAAUGUUGUCCAAAGUGGUUCACUUUUUUCUAAAAAGUCAUAAUAUGUAGUAAAUGAAAGAUAUCAUGACCUAUUUCAGUAUGGUUUCUAAGGGUUUGAGUUUGAGGGCAAAAACCUAAAAAAAAA